GGAAAAGGUCGAAAAUAAUUAGGGACUGCAACUGUGUGAAAGGAGAAAAGUAUGACAAGGAAAUGAAAGGCAUAAAACAAGCACUAGCGUCCACCCUACACCUCCACUGCUUCAAUUCUUAUUGACAAGAAACGAGAGCAGUAGAAGAUAGAGGAGGAAGAUCAGGAAGAGAUCUUUGAAUUGAUCUCUUUGUUUUUUGUUAAUCUAGGAAGAGCCCGCUGGAGGGUCAGAGUUUGGAGGCUUUCGGAAGGGUCGUCCAGGGGGUGUCUCAGAUCAAUACCCAUAAAUUAAAAAAAAAGCAGGAGGUCAGGAAGAAGAAACGGGAGGAAGAGAAUCAUCUCGAGAAAAGAGAAGUGCUGUUAAUUUUGGCUCUGAGAUAGGAGAUGGCUUCAGCUUCGUCGACGGCACCCUUCUUUGAAAUCAGAGAAGAAGAGCUCCACAACCAGAUGAAGCAACAGCAAAUGGCCUCGAUACCCACCUCUUCGACAGCAGCUUCGCAAACCACAGCCCCAGUGAAGAAGAAGAGAAACGUCCCUGGAAAUCCAUAUCCAGAUGCGGAAGUGAUAGCUUUAUCGCCCAAGACACUGAUGACGACAAACCGGUUCAUCUGCGAGGUGUGCAACAAGGGGUUCCAGCGGGAGCAGAAUCUGCAGCUGCACCGCCGCGGCCACAACCUGCCAUGGAAGCUGCGGCAGAGGAGCACCAAGGAGGUGCGACGCCGGGUCUACGUGUGCCCCGAGCCGACGUGCGUGCACCAUGACCCGUCCCGCGCCCUUGGCGACCUCACCGGCGUCAAGAAGCAUUUCUUCCGCAAGCAUGGCGAGAAGAAAUGGAAGUGUGAGAAGUGUUCAAAGCGCUACGCCGUGCAGUCCGACUGGAAGGCACACUCCAAGACAUGCGGCACCCGCGAGUACCGUUGCGAUUGCGGCACCCUCUUCUCCAGGCGCGAUAGCUUCAUCACUCACAGAGCCUUCUGCGAUGCCCUAGCACAAGAGGGUACGAGGCUUCCAACCGGACUGAGCGCUAUCGGAAGCCACUUUUAUGGGAAUAGUAGCAUGGCUUUAGGCCUAUCUCAAGUAAAUUCUCAAAUUACUUCACUACAAGACCAAAGUCAGCCAUCCUCCAACAUCCCUCAGCUCGGUGGAAGCAGCGCCAGUGGAUCCCAUUUCGAUCACCUCAUCUCAUUUCCAAACCUUUCCCCCUUCCAUCCACCUCAGCCUCCUCCCUCUUCUGCCUUCUUCCUUGGUGAUUGCUCGAACCACGAAUUCAAUGAAGAAACACAGUCCCACCAUUCCUAUCCCCAAAACAAGACCUUCCGUGGGCUAAUGCAACUCCCUGAUCUCCAAAGCAGCACUAUCGCCUCUUCCUCUUCUGCCGCUGCUGCCACAGCCAACCUCUUCAACCUCAGCUUCUUCUCCAACAGUAGCUGUACAAGUAGCAUCAACACCAGCAACAAUGCUAGCAACCAAAACAACCACUUACUGAUUUCUGAUCAACUGAGAAAUGGAAAUGGCACCACCCUUAUCUCAGGAAAUAUGAGUAAUCACAUGGGUGCCAGCAUAUCUUCUAUCUUUAGCACCUCAAUGCAAAAUGAAUCCUCCUAUCCUCAGAUGUCUGCGACCGCUUUGCUUCAGAAGGCUGCUCAAAUGGGUUCAACAACAAGUGGUGGGUCCUCCUUGCUUCAAUGCUUCAAUAGCUCUUCAUCUUCCGGUGCAAAGAGAACUAAUUUCCAGGCUAGCUUUAGUGGCGGCAGCAGUGGUGGUGGAGAUGGCUUGAGAUAUCAAAUGGAGAAUGAAACCCGUCUCCAUGACCUAAUGCAUUCGCUUGCAAAUGGGAAAGCUGGUCUUAUUGGUGGCUCCGAUGGGAUCGCAGCAUUUGGUGGGAGUUGCACAACUGGUCAGCAAGGACAAGAAUCUGGGGGAUUUGGUGGGUUCAAUUCAGGCUUGUGUAACGUGGACGAAGCCAAGUUUCAUCACAAUCUUUCAGCUGGAAGCGUUAGAGGUUCCGAUCAGCUGACUAGAGACUUCCUCGGGGUUGGUGAUAUGGUGAGGAGCAUGGGCGGUGGGGUUUCCCAGGGAGAAUAGCAUCAUGGCCCAGACAUGAGCUCCCUGGAUUCCCAAAUGAAGUCUGCAUCCUCUAGCCGACCCUUCGCCAGUGGAAGCCUGCAAUGGUAGAGAAGAAAGAAAUAAGAAAGAACCAAGAGAAGAAUAGGGAGACCAAAGGCCUUGAAGAUAUACGUAGCUCAACCUGGCGAAAUGGUUGGGGAAUCUGUUGCAGUUGUUGUUGUUACUGUUUAGUUAGUAGGAUAUAGAUACUUGAAUGUUGGUUAGAGGGUUCCAUCUCUCGUUUCUUUUGCUUUCUAGCAUCAUAUCCCUCUCAUAGAUACAGAUAAACUGAAUGCAUUUUCUUUUGUUUCCUUUUCAUGAUUCCUUUUUUCUUGUCUUUCAGGUUAUCUUUAUUAAGAAAGGUGCAUGAUGCAAUUAACAUGUCUAGUUCUUAUGUAAUA